GGAUGGAUUGUGGGAGUCGGAAGUGACUGUGUCGUCUGUCGAUUCAAAACACACGCGGGACGUUUAUUUUGACGGACAAUGUGACAGGUGAAUGACAUUUGAUGGGCCUGUAGCUGCAAUGGAGUCAACUAAGUCUCUAAAAUCAUUCAAGAAACCAUUUGCAGUUCCAGGAAAAGAAAAGGAUAAGAAGGAUAACACUGGUGGAAAUACUGGGGCAGAACAGGUUGAACUUGAAAGCAGUGAACUUGAAAAACAAUAUAUAACCGAGAACAAGAUAUCAUACCCAGCCGAAAAGAAAGGAAAGAAAGUCAAGAGUGGUGGAUUCACAGCACCAGUUAUAAAAACAGUGGGACGUGAGAUUAUCUGUGAGGAAAGUGGCAAUCAAACAACGCUUCCAGGAAACCCAGAAAGGAAGAAGACAAAGAAGAAAUUCAAUGUUGACAAAUCAGAACAUGAGGAUUCUGUUUCUACCUCGUCGUUAUGUUUGUCCAAGCAGGAUAAUGUUUCAGUUCAUACCAGUCCCAAAAAUGGAAGGGAAAAGGAAAGUUGUAGGGUGAUCAAGCCAGUCAGAAGUCUCACUGAUGACGAGUAUGACAAGAUAUUUGAAUGUGCUCUGAACAGAGAACUGAAGUCAUCUGCUGAUGUAACAAUACAGUUCAUAACAUCAAUGAUAAAAAUAUCUGGCAGCGAGAAUGAAGGUGACACUGCAGAGGAGAAUUUGCCAGUAAACGAAGACAAUGAUCAAGACUUACAAGAUGAUUCUGAAAGCCCAGGGCUGAUUCAGAUUGAGAAUGAAAUAACUCCAGCAGUAAGUGAAAAUGAAGCACCCAAUGUCACAAAACCAGCCUUUGCUCCUGUUAAGAAAAAGAAAAUGAAACCCAACACAGGAAAAAAAGGGUUAACUCCAAAGCAUUUGGACCUAGGCCAAAUAGGAUCAAAAAAGCACCAGGCCAAUAACAAACAUUUAAAGUCUAGCAUAAAGAGGAAAAAGAAAGUGUCCAAGCAAACUGAAAUGUUAAACCGUGACAUUGAAGAAUUAGGAACUUGGGUCCAGUGUGUUAAUCCAGAUUGCCUCAAAUGGAGACAUAUAAAAGAUGUCUCAGAUCCCUCAGUUCUCCCAGAACAGUGGACCUGCAGCAUGAACAGUGAGGAGCUAUAUGAUAGCUGUGAUAAACCAGAAGAAGACUUUGAUGACAGCAUUCAUUUGGAGACAUUCAUUUACACUCAUUUUGUGGAAGGGUCUGUGGUGUGGGCAAAGAUGAUAGGUUAUCCAUGGUGGCCUGCUAUGGUUGAGAUAGAUCCAGACAUAGGAGAGUACUUUGUUUCUGAACCAUCUAACCCAAUGUUACCUACACAUUACCAUGUGGUGUUCUUUGAUAACAAAGUUUCCAGAACAUGGGUCAGGACCAAUAAUGUGAAGAGUUUCACUCAAGGCAAUGAACCAUUCCAGUCAGUAAAGGGUGUUUUAAAGAGUCAGUGUUACAAAAAGGAAAUCGAUGCUGCUAGAAAGAAUGCUGAAGAGGCAUUGGCAUUAUCUUUGAAGGAGCGGCUGAAGAAAUUUAGCUUUUCAGCUAGAUUCAGAGGUACGUGGGGACAUGUUAGUGAUGACGAAAGCCCUAAUGAGGAGAACUUAUCUCCAGGAUAUGCAAAUCAACCUUUGGCUAGAACUCAGCGAAAGUGUCCAAAAGCUAAAGGUUUGGAUACUACUGUCAGCGGAGGGAUUUUGCUGGAACUAGAUCUGCAUGGAACAGUUGUUGAUGAAAUCCUUGACAAUGCUGAGUCAAUUCUCAGUAAUGCUGAUAAUCUUUGCUCUAUGGAGAACACCUUUGUUGAGCCUGAAGAUGAUCCUGACUUUGAACCACAGCUGAAUAAAGAAUGUAAGAAGAGGAAAAGCUCUGAAACGAUGAAGGUGAGGGGAAAGAUAUUGAAGAAGAAGACUAGAAAAAAGAAUCCUGAUUAUAAAGAUGUGAAAUGUUCUGGUGACCAUGUUGUUGAAAGCCGAGAAGUCGGGGUUCCAAUUCUGUUAAAAGGAGCAGGGGAUGCCCCCAAGAGCUGCCCCAAGUCAGUGGAGGGCAUCUGUAUCAAGAAAAGGAAACAAAAACCAGAUGAUGAAGGCAUUGCUGAGAACAUCAAGUCUGAGUGUAAACCAGGAAAAGAAUCUAAUUGUGUUCUGAAAACAAAAAAGAAGAAAUUCAAAGUUUCUGUGGCUCCAGUUCACGAAAAAUCUGUACUGAUAAAAGAAGAAAAAGGACAUGAAAAUAACAGCAAAGAAGAUAUCUUUGAACAUGAUGUAGCUGUUCCACAGAAUGACAGUCAGCUGGAAGAGUCACAGAGCCUCUUACAUGUCAAAAAGCAAGCAAACAAAAUGGUAAAAACAGAUGAACAGAUCAGCCUUAAUGUGCAGAACAUUCCUUAUGGUCCUGUGAAGAAGAAAAAGAAAAAGCACCUUGCACCAUCAAAGACAAGAAUAUACAGCAAUGCAAAUUCAAAUGUUGAUUCCAUAGUCGUUGAUGGGAAACAAGAUGCAGCUGGUAUUGUGACACAUCCUGUACAUCCGGAUGGAAAUCCUCAUGUCGAAACUGGUGGGGAGCUUGAUCUUUCUGAAGAUACUCAGUUAGUCAGGUUGAAUAGCAGUCAUAUUCAGUUCAGCACAGAAAAAAAAGAAAACCACAAACUAUUGACCUCCUCUCAAGUUGAGAAUUCUGACCUGUUCGAUGUUGAUGAUGUAUUUGACCUCCCCUUCCCUUGUGAAGAUCAGCCUUCCUCAAAAGCACAAGAAACUUCGGAUCCAUUUGAGGCGUGUGAAGAGUAAUCUCAGGAAUAUCCCCAGUUCAGCAGAGCCCCCUGUUUUGGGGUUUAUCUUGUAACACAAUGUACCUCCCAUUUUAGAUUUUACAAAUAAAUGAAUGUGUAUAUUCCUGCUUGUUUUACACAGAGCAGAAUAUAAUGAAAUGGAAAACCAUGGCAAUUAUUGUUUCGGACAAACAUUCAUUUAUUUAUCGUUGUGUUUUUGUUUGCUGAGUAGUGGAGACUUACUUAACUAUUAUUUAUUGAUAUUUAUUGAUUAGUCCACCAGUUAUGUUGGCCUUCUGGCAUGUUAAGCACAUGUAUAUAAAGUUAAAUAUUCUGUUAAUGGUUGUCUGUUGUUUUUUUGUUGUUUUUUUUUUCAUGUUUAAUAUAGUUAUUACAUGCCUUCUUUCUUACAUAUACAUAAGAAUAUUCCAGAAUUCUGGUAAAUGGCCUAAAACUUUACCCAGGAUUAUGUUGCUUAUUUUACCAUGAUCCUGAGACCCCUAUUUAUCUGAAAAAGUGUAUCAGUUUGUUAGGAAUUUAGGACCAUGAUAUCUUACUGAGAAAAUGUCAUUUUAAGCUCCAAAAUUAAAGGUUUAUAAACAUUUAUUUGCCUGUGAAAUUUACUAUACAUGACGGUGGUCAGGUUAUUGAAUGAAGGAAACUGAACAGAUCUUGGUGGAA